UGUAAAAGAUGGUUGUAAUGCUCGUUUAUUUCAUAAUAAUUGAUUGUCUGUUUAGGGAAGUAACUUGAAACUUAUUUAUUUGCAUUGGUGUUUGUUUUGCUUCUGAAAUACUGGCUUUUUAUUUAUUAGGAAUGCAUUAUACAGCACUAGACAACAAGUCUCCAGUGUAUGCAUAUCAAUUCUGUCUUUAAUUAGCUAAGAUGAAAAGCUAGAAUGGAGAGACAGGAGGAAGAGAGGUGUUUUCUUAAAGACAUUCCUGAAGAUAAAAAAGCAGAUGUAUUAGAUAAUUCAGGAUCAGGUGUAAGCCAGUUGGAGCCUGUGAGUGUGAGAGACCAGAAUUUAAAGAUUAAACAAGAAAGUACUUUUAUAGUGUCAUCCCCAAAUACUUUAAAUACAAUUCCUUCAAAGCCAUCAACCCUUGAUUUAUCAGUUAGUUCAACUGAAGAAUUAUAUCAAAAUGCUCAGGGUGAAGACCUCAUUCCUGAUGAACCAGAUCUGAUUUCUAGCAGUGGACAGUUGAGUGUUAGUACUGAAAGAUGCCUUGAUCUGAACUCCUGCACAUCAGGGAUUGGAACUUCAAAAGAACUUAAUCAUUGUUCUACACAGUCCUUCUGUUUAAACAAAUCACGCUUGACACUCCCACUCCAGUGUGUGGCUCCAUUGAGAAGAGGACGAGGUAGACCUCGCAAAGAUGGAAGUUAUCCAAUUCAGAGGAAGAAAAAAUUCCGUGGACGACCUAGGAUACAUAGCAGGAAACAAGAACGGGAGAAUUUGUUUGGAAAUUCACAUAGUUUAUGUCUCCCAUUACAACCACCUGUAACAAGCUCUAUCCUAGGAGAUAAAGUUGCUGAUGAGACAGAUAUAUGCACUUCAAAUGUUUUGCCUACUAGUCGUAUUUCCUCACGGUCAAUAAACUUGGAAGUGUCAAAAAAGCCUGUUUACCUCGAACAAGAUAUUUUAAUGCAAACAAAUGCUGCUUCACCAGAAUCAUCCAUGAUAGUUCCUUACAGUUCUUCUCAGGGAGAAAGGGCUAAAAAGAAUUUCCAAGAAAAAUGGCCUGGAAAAGUAUGUGCCUUCUGUAACCUUGGUGAAAGAAGCAUGCUAGGCCAAGGUGAACUGAAGUGUUUUGAACCUACAUUGGGUUUGAAUCCAUUCAAAAAGAGCACAAAGUCACAGCAGGACUCUUGUAAAAAUGGUGAUGAUAUUCUGCAAGAGAAGUCUUUAAAGUUUUUGUCAGAAAGGCGAAAUUGUGGUCCAUCCAAAAAUCCAAGGGAAAGAAUCAAAUCACCAAAAUUAGGAGGAGGACCUCAUUCAAGUAGUAACCCUGUUGAUGAGUUAGAGAUUUUGGGGUUUCCUGAUGAUCCUGAUCCGUCCAUGCUCUUUGAACCAUCAGGACAUUUUUAUGCUCAUCAUUGUUGUGCUACCUGGUCAGAGGGUGUCCAUCAGAGAGAGGAUUAUGGUCUUGCUAAUACUGAAAAAGCUGUUUUAGCAGGAAUGAGUCAGAGAUGCAGUUACUGUAAAACGUUUGGGGCUACUAUUAGAUGUAAAGAAAACGAAUGUGACCACAUAUAUCAUUAUCCAUGUGCUGCAAGAUCUGGAGCUUUUCAGGAUAUGAAAACCCUUACCCUAUGGUGUCCUUUGCAUUUGAAUCUGGCAUCCACGGUUGAUGAUUCAAAAGUUAUCUGCAAUUCAUGCAAAGAACCAGGAAAUCUCCUAGAACUUCUUUUUUGUGGUAGUUGUGGCUACCACUACCAUGGAAACUGCCUUAAACCUCCAGUACUUGUGAACCCUGUUGUACGAACAGGGUGGCAAUGCCCAGACUGUAAAGUAUGCCAGACAUGCAGGAAUCCAGGACACAAUAAUAAAAUGCUUGUUUGUGAUGUCUGUGAUAAAGGUUAUCACACACACUGUAUGCUCCCUGUAAUGAACAGUAUACCGAAAAAUGGGUGGAAAUGUAAGAACUGUCGUGUAUGUGGAGACUGUGGCUCUCGCACUCCUGGCAACGGCCUAAGUUCUAGGUGGCAUAGAAACUACACUGUUUGUGACAGCUGUUACCAGCAGAGAAAUAAAGGAAUAGCCUGUCCUCUUUGUGGAAAAGCCUACCGGCAAUGUACUGGAAGAGCAGAAAUGACUCGGUGUAAAAUGUGCAGAAAGUUUAUCCAUCAAGAAUGUGACCCACAGAUACCUAAACAAUGGAAGAGUGCAGUAACCAGCCCUUAUAUAUGUCCUGUUUGUAGGGAAACUUGUUCAGUUUCUGACUUGCAGCAUGAUGUAGAUGGUGUAACAAAAAGUCAAUUCAGAGAUGAAUGUGCUUCUACAUCAUCAACUCCAGAUACUUCUCUUAACUUGAUGAGAGAAUCACUUGGCUCAGGAUGUGACGAUAGUGUUUUGAGUGUGGAUACAGAUGGUAUUGAUGCAGGAAAGUUUGGAUCACCACCAUCCCAACCAUUAGGCUUCACUCAUCCUAAUGAAUCCAAGUUUCCAAUCUAUUCUACAACUAGACAUUUGGCUAGGAGGGGAAAGUUUUUAGGGAAGAGAGGCUUAGGAGUUGGACGACCUCGUGGUGCUGGAAAAUUUACUGGAAAACGAAGUGUGAAGAUUUCAGAAUUCCAAAGAAAAAGAGGACCGAAACCAAGAGGAGUUAAAUCCAUACAUUUUCCUGGAAUAGACUGUUCUUAUGUGCCAACAUCCAGUGAAAUUAAAGAAUUAAAAAAUAGUGAACCAGGCAAGGAAAACAAAUUGAUUUUUUGUACUACAAAUGAUGAAUUUGUGUUAUCCCAGGAUCUCUGUGUUAUGUGUGGCAGUUUUGGAAAAGGAGAAGAAGGUAGAUUAAUCGCUUGUUCUCAGUGUGGCCAGUGUUACCAUCCUUAUUGUGUUAAUGUUAAGGUUACAAAAGUAAUUCUCAGUAAAGGCUGGAGAUGCUUAGACUGUACAGUAUGUGAAGGAUGUGGAAAACCCCAUGAUGAAGGACUUUUGCUCUUGUGUGACGUAUGUGACAUCAGCUACCACACUUAUUGCCUGGAUCCACCACUAGAUGAUGUGCCUCAAGGAAACUGGAAGUGUAAUUGGUGUGUUAUCUGUCUUGAAUGUGGCUCCCGAAACCCAGGAUAUGAAGCUUCGUGGCAAAACAACUACACUUGCUGUGGACCAUGUGCUAGUAAAGUGACGUGCCCAGUCUGUCACAUCGACUACCAGGAAAAUGAAUUAAUAAUUCAGUGUAUUCAGUGCUAUCGGUGGCUUCAUGGGGAAUGUGACCAGAUAUCAUCUGAAGAAGAUGCAGAACACGUGUCUGAUCAUGGAUACCACUGUAUUCUCUGCAGGCCUGUUGAUGAGCGACCACCUCACCUGUUGUCACCAUUUCCCUCAACACCACCAAAACCUCUGUCACCAACACCAGAGUCUCUGUAUCUGUCACCUUCUGCAGAGAUUGCCAAAAAACCAGAAUCAGUUCCUCCACCCAAACCACAGCCACAAUUCUAUGUUGAUGGCGUGUUUCUGUCCGAGAGUGGAAUGGACCUGAUAAGAGCCUUAACAAUUGAACAACCUAAAAAGCAAAGAAUGCGUAGGCCUAAACAUUCUGUAGUUGACCAACCUCUUGUACCAGAAGAAGACAAGGGUCUUGUUGCAUCUGAUAAAGCUGGAGAUCAAGUAGGUAUCGAAACAGAAGUAAGAAUGGAAGUUUGUGAUGGAAGAGAAAAUACUAAAGAAUUGGCAUCAGAUGCUAGUGUAGAGAAAAAGAAGCAGCAAAAGAAACUGCAUAAACUAGGAAUUGGUGGGUUUGUUGCAAGACAAAGGUGUAGAAGUCUUUCAUCAAAAGAGCAAGCAGGUGAACACAUUUCUGUUGUUCAAGAACAAACAGAUGGGUUAAGAGUUGGAGAGGUUUCUACACCUGUUGCAGGAGAGUCGCAUGUUGAACUGCCACAGCCAUUUCAGCAAAAACCAAAGCGAAGACGAAGGGUGAGAAAGAAAAAUCCUCUCCAAGAAAGUUUCCCAUCAUAUUUGCAGGAAGCAUUCUUUGGGAGAGAACUGUUAGACACUUGUAAAAGUGAAAGUUCUUUUGAGAUAUCAGCUGAUGAAUCAUCUAGUAUACCAACUAUAAAUCAAGAUAAGACUGUUAUGUCAUUGAUAUCUCCAACUAGUCUCUCCGAUGAGGCACUGAGUCUUCAAAUAAGUACCAGUAAUGCAUCCAGUUUGGGUGGAACAUUCUACAGUACUGCAUCUUAUACUGAAGCAUUACCUGAACCGAUGACUUUUUCAUCUGCUAGCUUUUCAAAAAUGUUGACUUCCAUGUUGCCUGAAAAUCAGGAAGAAGAAGAAGAAAAGCACAUCUUGCAAGAAAAGAAUACAUCUCCAUCAAAAGUUAUGGAUGAAGAUUUGGGUGAUACUACAGCUUCAAAUGCUUUACCUCCUCUUCCUCAAGAUACAGCUCAGCAGGACGAAUUAUUUAGUAAAUUAACGAAUGAUGGAGACGAUACAGUUAAACAAAAUGAAGUCAGAGGAUGCUCAGAAUUUGCUGUUGCUACUGCUCCUGAUGAAGUGAAUGUAAGGCUAAGUGCUCCUCCUCUUCAUCCAACACCAUUACCAUCGCCUGGUUAUCAGCCUCAUCCUCACUAUCUUACUCCUCAUGUACAUCUAACUCAUCAGCCAACAACUCCUACCAGUGGUGUUGAGUUGGACUCUACUUUUAAUUUGCCUUCAUACACUCAGCUGUCAGCUGAAUCUGGAAGCUCCCAGUUGUCAGCUCCAUCUAGUCCUUGGCCAGAAAGAGAACGGCUUGAAACUCCUCCACAGAUUAGUGUUCAUAUUCACAAAAAUGUAUUGAAAUGGAAAUCUGACGAAGCUCUGGGUGACAAAGCUACCAUAUCAUCAAUCUUGUAUACAAACAUUAAUAUGCCUCAACUUAAAAUUGAAUAUCCUAAUUGGCCUGACCGAGCAAAACAAAUUGCCAAAAUUUGGAGGAGCCUGCCAUCUGAGAAACGUCAACUGUUUGUGCAACAAGCCAAAGAAAACAGAGCAGCAAAUAGAAUGCAGAAACGACAGGGUGAUUCUGCCAGAGGGAAUCGCAAAAACAAAGAAAUGAAGGAAAGCGAGCAAGAGUUUCAGGCCCCACAACAGCUACAGAUGCUACAAGAACAGAAGGAGCAGGCUCCAUCAACAUCAACUCCUCCUGCAGGAACUCCAGUAAGGAUGACUUCACCCAUGAUGUCUGCACCCUUGACACCAGAUUCUAUGAUAACUGGAACAUCAUGUAUACCUACACCACCUAUUGCAAUUCUUAGUGAUCCUGACUUUAGUCAAUCUACAACAGUUGGACAAACAUUGUCAUCUCCUGACCAAAUAUCAGCUUCACAGAGUCUGCUAUCUCCAUCUCAUCCACAAAGAUCUCCAGGACAGUCUAGGGUAGCAUCUUCAGUUAGUCCAUUAAUUCAGGUGUCAAGAGGGAGACCUACAGAGGUUAAUCAUCUGUCUUCUGAAGAAACUAACUCACAACAACCAAUCACACCACCACCUGCUUCUUCUAAUUACUUCCGAGUUAAUCAAUGUCCCAGCUUCAUCUGUCAACCAUCUGUGACACAGCCAAGGUCUGUUUUAUCAACCACGUCACCAAGCAAACAGAAUCGAACAUCUGGGCAUGCCUCUCUUUCAAUACCUAGCACAGAAUCUUAUAGCCAACCAUCUCCUACUCUUCAUGCUGUUAUGCCACAAGAACCCUUUGUGCACCAACCUUCCACACCUAAUCCAGACACUAACCUCAGAUCUGGCCUAUCGUCAGUUACUCUUGAUUCUAUGGAUCAUUACACCAAAGUUCCACUAGUUUCUCAUUCUCAACAGUUCAUGCCCAACAAUUUAUCCUCACCAAGUGAGACUCCAACUUCUAGGUAUGUUUUAGAGUUACCUUAUUCUCAACCUCCAUCUCUUUCUUCAGCUGAUCCUUAUUCCCAGCCUGUAUUAACCCCUCGACCAGCUGUCACACCUCUCACAACGAAUGAUCCUUAUGCUAGACAUCCAAGAACACCUCAUCCUUCAUGUGUUUCAGGCACAACCACCACUGUCAUUUCACACCUUGUAGGUGAACCUGCUGUUUCUCAUCCUGAACAGAAUCUACCACUUGCUGUUGUUGCUAGUUUGAAAGGAGAAGCUCCCCAGAUGCCAAGUCAGCAGCUGAGAGAUCUCCUUCAGAGACAUCAGCUUAUUCAAGAACAGAUACCUAUUCAACCCUGGUCUUCAGCUACCCGAACUGAAGUGACUUCCGGUCAGUCAACUACUCUAAAGACAAGUAAUGCUCAGAAAUUAGGUGGACAAGAUAGCAUUACUUCACACAUACAACCAGGAAUGAAUAAUACUAUGAUAGGUACUUCCAGAGUAAGUGGUAUGGAAGGUAACUUCAGGCAUCCUUUACCACCUGGAAUGAGACCUCGUUUCCCUACUAGUCCUGGUCAGCUGUUUAGUCAUACAGCUCCAACAUUAGACCACAAGCUUGUAAGUUUGGCGGGACAGUUCGACCCACAACUACAAAUGGUUUUGCUUCCACAACAUCAGUUGAGAGGUCAGUCACUGGCUCCUGGACAAGUAAGGAUAGCAGGCCCUCAUCCACGCAUGUCCACAGGUUUUGGAGAGAAUGUCAAUAAGCUUUGUGAUUUACAGUCUAAGCAGCAACAGUCUCCAUUGCCACAACACCAGCAUGUGACUGGAGAUGUACUUGGUAGUUUUGGUCAACCAGCAGUCUGCAGUUCGCUUUCUCAAAUACCUGAACACCACAAGUCAACAGUUAUACUUUCAGUAUUGCCUCAUGCUAGAAAAGAGGGUAUUAACCCUCCUAUUGGGCAUCGUUUCCCAGUUGCCUGCUCAGAAUUAACUCGCCACACUGUUUCAGUUUCUCAGGCUUUGAACCGCUUUGUUGUCUCCUCAAAUUGUGGUUUCAACCAACCUUUAACUACCUGUGGCAUAAUGUCUCACAUUACUCAGCCAUCUGCUUCUACUAUCAGCCAGUCAAUGACAGGUCUACAUCAACAACCACAAAGUUUCCAAGCACAUUUAAUCAUGAGACAAAGUGUGGCCUCAGAUGUUAGCAUAAACAAGGCUGUUUUUGCUCGUCCGGGUCAUACUUCUGCAUCAGAGGGUAAAUCUGAAUCUAGUUUGUUAGAAACAUCUGCUUUUGAAGAAACUCCUCAGAGAAGGACCACUCCAGAAGAUUUGGUGAAUGUAGUAAAUGAACAGACUGUGACUCAUGAGACCGAAUGUGAAGUUGGUGACGAGCUGGAUGAUGAUGAUGAUGAAUUGUUAGGUCUCGGCAAUGAUUUUAAUAUUUUGGAAUAUGCUGAUCCAGAACUUGUUGACAAAGGACUUUUUGGAGAUGGAGAGACAAAUAACAUUUUAGAUGAACACCUCGAUCUGGACGAUAAAGAUGAUAUGAAAUGUAAAACUAACACAGGUGAUAAAGCAUGUAGAAAUAGUAUAAAAAAAGACCAGUGUAUUCCAUUUCAAGUUGGAGAUGAGACAAAUGUUGAAAAGAAUGAGAAAUCCUUCCAAAAUGUACAAGUAAGUAGGCCUAGCUCAUAUAAUUUUCAGGCUAAAUUCAGUCAGUAUAGCAGUUUAGAAAGAGUGAAAGAUUUAAAGGAAGGUGUACUUGAAGAUAGACUGGUGGGUUUUUCAGGAAUUACGAAAUCUGAGGCCUCAGAUUCUGAAUUAGUGUCUCAUCUUUCUAAGGUUCUUGAUAGUAGUCAGAAAUCUGUAGAAGAUAAGCAGCUUCUGUCAGAAGGUGUUGGAGUGCCAUCAGCAGAAUCUGUUUAUCGUUUGCUUAUAAAAUCUGGUUCACCUGUACUUCAGACACAUCAAGGAAACACAGGAGUCAAACCAGUGUCUCAAGUUUCAACUGUAAGUCGAUCAUCCGUAUCUACACCUGUUUCUAGUAGUCAAGGAAGUGUAGGGGUUACACAACUUCCAAAUAAAGUGCUCUUAUCUCAUUCUGCUCAGUACAUUCCAAAUGUGCCUUCUCCACUAUCAUAUCCUAUUGAUAAUACUCAUUCGUCUCAACCUUCACCUGCUUCCCAUCCCCAGCAUAGACUUUUUAUACAAAGACCAGGCCAGGUUGUUACUGUAAUUCGUAGAACUUCACAACCACCUGUACGAAGGUGUGAAGCUGGUCAAAGCGACCAACAUUCAUUGAUCGAGAACCAUUCACUCCUUUUGGAAGAACUUGUUCAGAGAGAAAAGCAGGAACAACAUGGGAAAAGCCAAGAUGGUCUGGCAUCUCUUCCUGCUGAUGCACUUCUAAAUGAUGUGGAUUUUGAACAGUUAAAAGCUGAUGUGCUCUCAUGUUUUCCUGAUGAUUCUUUUGGAGGGCCUGGUACAAUGCCAUCUACUCAAGAUUUGUCACAAUCAACAGUCACUUCUCUAGAUAGUCCUAAACUUUCAAGACCUAUACCAUCACAGUUUUUUCAUGAGGCACAGAAACAGAGGCAUCAAACACAACAGCCAGUAGGUUGGCAAGGUCAUCGUCAAGUUCUUGUGUCAUCUUCUGGAUCCACAGUUCCCGGGUCUCCUAAUCCAGAUCAGAAACCUUUUUUAGGAGUAUCCAAUGUUUCUGCUUCAGUGGGUUCACAGGGAGGACCUGUGACUCAUGGAGAACCUCAUGUUAGGCAUGUGACUUCUAGACAAACUUCUCCGGGAAACAGUGAUGCUCCUCCUCAUCAUGGAUCCUACAUGAUUACUUCACUGCCAGCUCCUCCACUUCCUCCAGCUGAACCAUCAAAUGACCAAGAGAGACAGCAGCAAUCAAAUUACGAACAAUGGUUGUUGCAGCAGCAACAACUGUUAAGUUCUAAUCAAAAAUACCUUGAGACAGAAGUUGGAAAGCUACGAAAAAUUAAGAAAUCUCUUAAUGCGAAACAACGUACAUUACGAAAGAAUGGUCAGGAAUUAGGUGAACGAGAUGCAGCUGAACUAGAAAGAAUUACCCAAGAGCAAGCAGAGCUCCAGAAACAACUGGACCAGGCAAGGAAGCACUCCCGAAAACAUAAUGUUUUGUUUCAAGAUUAUCAAGUGAAACAACAGAAAAAACAAUUUCAACAGCAGCAGCAUCCACAGAUUGCUGGGACUACACAACUACCAACUCAACCUCCUGUCCUAUCUCAGGGUCCACCCACACCUUAUAUGGCUGAUCAAAAUGCACCUCAGUCUCCCAUGUUGUCACCAUCACCCCUGGGAACUUCUCAGUCACCACAAUUGCAGCAUUCUCAGUCACCUUUAAUGCAGCAUUCUUCAACUCUAGUUUCACCAUCUUCCAUAGUCCAACAUUUACCUCAAAUAGUAACUUCCCAGUCUGGAGCUGCUGCCAUGCCUAGUCUUGUACACACUGCUCAAAAUGACAUCAACCCUAUAAGUGAAAAUUUCCAGCAGCACGAAUUUCAGUCUGAACAUCAGCACUUCUCUCGACCUAGUAUUCAACAGCCACAACAACUUGUGUCCCCUCAACUCCAUCCAUCUCCUGGACCUCAGACUCUUUCUAGAAACUUUUUGAUGUCCCAAAUAGUUUCUCGGCAACAUGUUUUCUCCCCUGGUUCUCAAGGUGGUCAACAGCAGUGCUUUUCCCCAGAAACCCCUAAUAUGCAGCAACAGAGAUUUUCACCAGGUAGUCAAGGAACACAACAAAGAUUCUCACCAGGUAGUCAAGGGACACAACAGAGAUUCUCACCAGGUUCUCAGCAGCAUUUUGCUGUAGGUUCUCCAAACUCCCAGCAACCUCCAUAUUCUCCAGUGUUACAGCAGCAACAGUUAACAUUAGGAGCUCAAGGAGUACAUAAGCCACGUUUUUUACUACCCCAGCCACCAUCUAUUCUUGCUUCACAACACCGACAACAAAUUCCUACAAGUGGAGUGUAUCAAUCAACUCAACAGCAACCACAGUUCAUAGGAUCUCAGGACAUGGCACCCCACCAGAAACCACAGCAAGUAUUUUCUCAAGCAGUACAGCUACAGCAUCCACCUUCACAAAACCAGCAGUUUCUCAGCCAGGAAGGGUCUCUAGAAGAUGAAGUAAAAAGACAGGAGAUACUUCAACAAAUACAAUUUUUAAAAGAAAACAACAUCUCACUCUCCCAAUUUCCAGGUCAAGUAGGUUUGCGAUUUGCAUUUAACACCAGCAGUGGCCAGUCACGACUAGCUGUCCCUCCUGGUAUGAACCCAGAUAUUAAUAAUAGACAAGCAGCGCCACCUACUUCUACUCAGGAAGCACGUCCUGCUCAGAUGCCAUUCUACUCUGGUAUGCAACGACCAUUUCCUCCUUAUCCAACUCACAUAAGGUUCCUUUCUUCAAGCUCUUCUAAUCCUACACAAACUGAUUCAGUGCUAACACCUUUAACUUCAUUGCAAAGAGAAAACCCUUGUAAGUCCAACAUCAUAGGUAGUACAUCUUCAGAGUCAUCAUCAUAUCCUGAAGUGGUUAGAAGUCAACCAACAGUUGCAGUUGUUUAUAGUUCUUCGGGACCAUCUUUCAGAGUUGUUAGCAUCCAUGGCUCAGAAAUGGAACAAGCUCAACAUGAAACUCCAGAGGAAAAAAUUGCUAACACAACAGGACCUUCUCUAUCUUUGAAUAGACAAAACCUUACAUCACAAGGAAGCAAAAUUGUCCAUAAAAUGUCUGUUUCACAGAAAUCAAAUACUGAUUUUUCUGGAUCAGCCCAGUAUCAGGCAAAAAGUAAAGAUGAAGAUAAUAAAGAGGUCAUCAACAGCAGUCCAAAAAGUUUGACUUGUAAUGAUAAAUUAUCUCAACAAAUGUUUGAAUCAAAAUUAAUUGCUUUGAAACAGGGCAAUGAAACUGAAGGAAGACAUUUGGCAACUGAGUUUCUUGAACCUCAUGAUCCUACAAAAACUUUACCUGGACAUAGUUCAAUUGUGGACAUAAAUGUCACUGGAAAGGCUGAGAAUUGGCAUACUCCUGUUGUGCACAAUGAUAUUGUAGUAUCAGAAUUAAAUCAAGGAAUGUUGAAUCAGACUUUUCCAAUAGGACAAAGACAUAAUGGUAACUUUCAAUUCCAGAAAGAAAUUAAAAUUGAACAGGCAACAUCUGUUAGUGAAACUGAAACCCCACAACUAAUGAACUUUUUUCAGAGAUCUAGUCAUUCAAACCAAAAAGACAAGUUAUCCCAAGCAACUUUAUCACCUUCUGUAAAUCCCUCUUCUAAUAAAUACCUUCAAAAAGCUGGCAUUACUUCCCAGCAAGUAGUUUACAAUACUGUCAGACCUUCAGGUAGUCCGUAUAGUUCUUUUUCAGAUAUACGUAAUAGUGUAUCAAACACUUCCGUUCCUUCAGAGAGAUUUGUGUUGCAGCAUUCACAAAUUAUUGGCCCUAUUUCAGUGCCACCUGAAAAGCCGAGAUCUGUAGUGCAAUCAAAAAAUAAGUGUGAUAGUACUGCAUCACCAUCUAGUGUUUUUGUGUUUGAUCAGACACCAGAUGAUAAGCUUGCAAGUACAAGAAAGAUUUCUCUAGAUAAAUGUAGUGCUCACUUAGAUCCACCAAGAGAAGGUUUUUUUUCUAACUUGAUUCACAAACAAGAAGAGAUUAAGCCAGAAGAUAAAACUUCCAGCUCUUCAGACUUUAAAAUCACUACAGAAAGUUUAAGCACAAGUAAGGAGCUGUGUGCUAAAGGGGGAACCAUGGAAGAACUGAGUGAAGGCACUUUUGAACUCCUUGUGGUGGGCUCUCCAGAAGGUCAAGCCAAUGAUUCUCCAGCUCCAAUGCUCCCAGCAAAGGAGGACAGGACAAACCAAGAAGAGGAGAGUGAACUAAGUUGUUCCACUGAUGUUCGAACUGAAGGAAAAGAAUACAAUGACUAUACUGACAGAAAUUUUGCAGAGUUAUCAACAUCAUCAUCUUUUCAUACAAAAUUUAAUUGCACAAAAAUGGAAACUGAAAUCUGUUCAGAAACAGAUAGUGAAUCUCAAAAGUCUGCAGUACCUUCUACUACAACUGAUAACCAAGAGAAACCCUAUGUGUGUUGCAGCAUUCCUCCUUCUCUGGUUUGUUCGCUCCCCAUGUCAGUAACAAACACAGUUAAUUUCACCUUAAGCCAAACGGGAAUGCCCAGUGUUAGUCGUCCACAAGAAGAAUUUGGUCUCACUAACUUAAUAAGGACUAACACUGAGGGUGUGGAGUCAAGAGAGAUAGUGCUAGGUCGAGAGAAACCUUUAGAUGAUGUGAAAACCAGGUUUAGUCUUUCAGAGACUACUGCUGAUCAGAAAGCUUGUCAUGAGCAAGGCAACUUACUUUUUUGUAAGAGUGACACCCAGAAAGAGUCUUUGGCUGGUAAACCCCAAAUUGACAUUUUUCAUAAACCAUCCAUUAGUGUGGAAGGGGAUAUAAACCAAAAAGUCUUAUUGAAGGAAUUACUUAAGAACUUCUCACUAGGAAAGUUAAGGAAAGAAAGAGAGGAACUUGAGGUAAUAAAUCUUGAUUUAUAA